AAACAGGAUGGGGCAGCCCCGUUAGCAUAGAGUACAUGAACCUCGCUCUGGCUCUCGUCAUAUACUCCGUGAGGUACCCAGCGCUUUUUUGGUCGACAAACAAGUGUCUAGGGUUGAUUUUUUCAUUCCAACUCCUGAUAAAUGGGCUGCACACGCUGCUUUCCUUCGCAGGCAUGUCAAUUUUGUACAAGGUGCACGUCGUCGGGGUAUGGAAGGCUCUUCCCCUCCUGAAACACAACUCGAGGGUGUACAACUUCGGCAACCCCACGCCAUUUUUGCUCAACUCGCAAGUGACGUUUGCCAUGUAUAUUUUAUCAACGCUAUUGGUUCUGGCCUCUAGCAUCGUGCUUUACUUCUACGGUCACACGAG